GUCACCAUGGUGUCAGGAAAGCGGCUGGCGGACAUUGGAUAUCGGGCGUUCUCCGCCUCAAUGAUGGCGCUGACGCUGUACGGGGGCUACCUGUGCGCGAUGCGGGGCUAUCGCUACAUGGAGAGGCAGAAACAGCUGAAACUGGCAGCAGAGAAUCAAGACCCUGAAGUCAUCAAAGACUCCAGUUAGACGGACUGCUCUCCUUUCUUUGCACAGAUGUGGACAUUUCUCAUUCCCCCCCUCUUCCCAGGAUGGCUGUGUGGUUUCACCAAGGACACGGACUCCGUGCGAAGGUCGAGGUUUUGUUUAUGAAUCUUCUCCAAGCAAAUCAAGCAGGAACAUAUUUGCAUCAGUGUCCUCUGGCAGAUUGUUCUGUUGCCACAAUGAAGAUGGCUGUAAUUGUUUGUAAUAUAUUAAAUGCCUUCAACUGCA